AUGCGCAGUUCGGCUACUGCGGAAGUCACAGUGUCGAGUCGGGCCCGCACCGACGCCGUCUGUUGCGCUUUGCUUUCCAACCUCAUCCAUCCCACUGUCGCCAUCGCAAUCGAUCCGACUGCUUCUGAAGCUGCUCAAGCUCGACGUAUACCGGCAUCUUGUUCGGAGGCGCUGCCGAUGGCCGCGAUGCGUCGAGCGAUGCUACGAGCCGCACAGCUCGGCGAUGCAGUCCAGCCAACCCUGCUGGCUCUGCUCUGGUGCACGCUGCUCGUCUUUGUCAAGCGCGCCUCGCGCGCCGAGUCGCCGCCCGCAUGGCCCACCCGCGCCCGCUCUUUCAUCGAUGCCGCCUACUUUGCAUCGCCAGGCUCCAACGACAUCGAUAUGGACAAGAUAUGGGCCGACCUAGACUGGGCUGCAUAUCGAGUCAUGGCCUCGCUCUCCACCGUGACAGGCCUCUUGCUCGCCUUCCGCUCCAACAGCGCCAUCGACCGUUGGAGCACCGCUCGCCGCAAAUGGUCCGACGUCCAAGCCACGUCGCGCUCGCUGCUUCGUCUCCUGAGCGCCUCGCUCCUCGGUGGAAAUGACGCGGUGGCACCCGUCUCCAACCGCGACUUUGCCCGCAAUCAGGCUUCUCGGGCGCACGUCGAGGCAACCCUGGCUACAGUGCCGUUCUUCAGCAUCAGCCUCAUGUACGAGAUGCGCGCGCGCUCGCUCGAGCUCUCCUCGGGUCGCAGCAGCCUUGUGCGCAGCGACCUGAUCGACGCACUGCCUCCCGCCAUCAUUGCAGCCACCCAUCGCCACCGAUGCUCGAUACCCAGCGCAAACGAAGCUGACAAAGCGGCGGAAGUGGAAAAGAGUAGGCUGAUGCAGAACACGGCUUCGCCACAUGCGCUGCGCCCGCGCGCGCGCUCCGCCAGAGACACCCAUGGCGGCGUCAUCUCGACCAACCUCGCGCUGACUGCGCUGGUCGUCCUGCAACAAUCACUCGAUGCGCUACACCGAGGCUCGCCGUCGCAUCGGAACGGGGCGGGAGAGGGCUUGCUGAGCUCGCCUGUGUAUGCGCAUUCGAUUGGACUCGUCAACGCGCUGAGCGGGCACAUGACGGAUCUCGAGCGCAUCCGCGACACGCCCAUCCCGCUAUCGGUCUCUCGCCACUUUUCGCGUCUCCUCGCGAUCCACACGCUGCUCCUGCCCAUCGUCGUCGCGCAGCGACUGUACGUCCAGCUGCCGCUCUGUCUGGCCGUCACCGGCGUCGUCACCACCAUGCUGUACGGCGUAGACUCGUUUGCGGCAACGCUGGCACAGCCGUUCGGGCUGGAUCAGCAGGAUCUGCCGCUGGAAAAGUACGUCGCAGAUGCGCAGCGCGAGUGGGACGAGAUCCGCACGGCGUGCAACGUGGAUGCGACCUCACUUGCAUAG